UUUGUUUUUUAGGAAAUACAUUGGAGUAGCUCAAAUUCAUGCAAUUAUGAAUCUCUAUAACUUUAAUUUGUAUGUUCGCAAUUUUCUUUCAUUUCUGUAGUUCUCUAAACUUGGAGUAUAUGAUAUCACAGUUGUAAAAAAAAACACACAAACGUGGCAAGUAACACGUGACAACAUUGGUAAAUUCACAAGGUUUCUCACCACACCACCACCACAACAUCCCCUUCUCCCCCCAGUCAUCUCUCUGAACAACAAAAGCAAAAAAGAACCUUUUUACAUGCUCUUCUUUCUUCCCUCUUUUCACACCACCCUUUUUUCUUCUUCAGAAUCAAAAUAAAAUAUAAAACAAAUAACAGUAACACCCUGUCCUUUUUAUGUACCAGAAUUACAAAUCCAUAUUAUAUCAUAAAUUAAAAAUAUAAAGUACAUUCUACCAUUACUACUCCUACUAUAUAUACCCAUCUCUCUCCCCCAUUUUUUGGGCCCCUUUUCAUACAACACUCUUCUCAUUCUUCUUGCUCUCUCUUCUUCUCUAAAGAAAAAAAAAAAACUCAAUUUUUAUUUUUUAUUUUUAUUUGAUCAUUUAUUUACAAAAAUGUCUUCUCCACCACCUCCAUCUCAUGUAGGAGAGUCAUCAUCAUCAAGGCAAAGAGCGAGAAAUGGAAAUAAUGGAGAUGGUAAUGGGAAUGAGAGCGGAACUAGCCGAAGCCGACGACGAAGGCGAAGGAGACCGCCAACAACUUCACCACCGCCAGAGUCAGUGGUGCCAGCGGAGGAAGCAUCAACUUCGACUCGUGGCUAUAAUAUUAAUAAUAAUGGCGGUGUUUGGCCUGAACCUUUUCUUGAAUCACUUGCUAUUCAACUUGCUCUUGAUAUUACUUCUUCUCAUGGUCGCCUUGCUGUUGCUCCUUCUCUUGCUAUCCUUUUCCAGGUUUGCACGACAUGGAGAGCUGUAUCACGCUCCGAGUUGCUAUGGCAGAAUCUCGUACGCAUUGUUUGGAACUCAACUAACCUCCUUCACCCUACUUGGCGUGAGCAAUUCAUCAGUCUCCAUCGCACGUCUCGUAAUUUUCGUGUUAGUCGUUACGAUUACUUUGUGCUUCGCCUUUCUGAUCACCCCUUAGCUGCCGCGCAAGGGGGUGAUGAGGGUGGUGGUGAUGCUGAUCAACUCCCUCUUUUGUGUCUUCGCAUUGCCCUUGCUGAUGAUCACUUGGCUGUAGGGUUUUCGGACGGGUCGGUGCGUUUGUUUCACCUUCCUUCCCGGGUUCACCUACGUACCGUUCAUCCUUUGCUACGUGAUCGCCUUGGCUUGUUCUCCCGUGCAGUGUCGGGUAUUGUACUACAGCCUCAUGUUAUCAAUCGGGUCGUGUUUGCCUCGCUUGAUGGCGAUAUUCAUGUUGCUUCCCCUCUCAACGGGCCCGGCCCGGACCGUCGGGCUUACUUAGGAGAUGUUGUCAAUGAUGGUGCCCUAGUUGACUUCACUGGUGGUGAUCGGUUUUGGGUUGGGCUCUACGCGGGUGUCCCCGGUAGGGCGUUUCGAGUUUGGGAUGCAGACUCUGAGGAGCUUCUUUUCAGGGGUGGAUCGCUAACCGAUCCGGAUUCCGUGAUGGGGUGGCACAUGCUUACCGGAAUUCAACCUAGGGAGUUCUUGGGCCGCAUUCGAGUGGCACCUCAAGGGGUGGCAGUAGGAGUUACUAGUCUUAGAGCAUUGGUGCUAAACCUAGAGGAGGCAGUGAUGGUGAUGGGGCAAGAGGCAUCUCGACGAGGGAUAAUCGUGGGGUCGGUUGAUGCCAACGACAACGCGUUUGUCAUGGUAGACACUCGUGGGGUGGCAAGUGUACGACAACUGCGUACACUCGAGGAGGUGUGUCGAUUCUCAGUGUCACACCGAGGUGCACAAGCAUCAUCACUAAUGGGAUUGCUAGGAUGCAUGAAUAGCAUGUAUGUAGUAAUGUGCAUUGGUGGUACAAUGAGAGUAUGGGAUGCUGAUCAUGGAGAGUACUUGUACAGCUUGAGAGAGUGGGUAGAGGAGGCGACCGCAGUCGCGGCCAACGACCGACAUGUCGUGGCUACAUCUAGUGACACAACCAUUCAUCUGUGGGAUUUUGGUGCUUGAAAUUUAAAACUGAUGACAACUGAGACUAUUUUCUCUGACUUGUUAUUAUGAUUCUAUUGUUUUUAGGUUAUUAAAAAUUGGUUGUAUAGCCCAAAAAAGAGG